UUUUAAAUCGGCCGUUUCCGGUCUUUGAUGUGAGCCACUAUGAUGGCCUCCUUGUUCUUCGUAGUUUUCCCACUAAUCUAAGGAUCUCUUGGGUUUUUAAAGGGGUUCAUGUUCCGUGCAGCUGAUCUCAAGAACUUCGGUAAAGCGGGAACCAGCUGGCACUUUGGCCGGACGAUGGAUGAGCUGGUCCAUGACCUGGUGUCGGCGCUGGAGGAGAGCUCGGAGCAGGCGCGUGGGGGCGGCUGCAGUGCCAGUUUGGAUCUCGCUCUGCCCGCUGGGCGAUUGCUCAAACGGCACGCUCGCAAACGCCGGGGCAGGAAGCGGCGCUCGGAGAACAACACCCGCGCCAUGCCGUGCCACGCCCCUUCCCACACGAGCCACGCCUCCGACUCCAGUCUGGACGAGCACAGAGAAACGCGCCUGUCCUCCAGUUCCAACGCCAACGCCAACAACAGCGACUCGGACGAGCAGCUCGGCGCCAAGCGCGGCAAGCGGCCUCCGUGGCACGACGACGCCGGCAUGACCGAUGCCAACCGGAGCCUACGUAGGAGGCGCAAGGUGAAGCGCAUGGCCAUAGACCCGCCCCCCGAGUUCUCGCCCAAAUCGACAGGAGCGAGCAGGGACGAGGGGAAAGGAAUCGACGCGGCGACUAAAGGCAGGGUGAAGAAGAGGAAGUUGGCGCUGGCGCACCGGCUGGCUCUGGACGCCGCCGACGAGGGAGUGGUCGUGGAGAUCGAGGAGGCGGGGCUUUCCGGGAAAGACAAAAUGGACUUUGAGGAGCACAAGGUUUCGGAUGAAGACAUGAGUGACAGGUGUGAAACCAGUAGUGUGAGUAACAGCAGUGAUGGUGGUCUGUUCACCAAUGAUGAAGGAAGACAAGGCGACGACGAGCAAAGCGACUGGUUUUACGAGGGGGAAGCGGGCGGGGCUUGUGGCAUCGCAGGCGUGGUCCCGUGGUGGGACAGGGACUCGAACGAACUGGACCUCAACGACCCGAUGUUCAACAGCAUCCUCACAGGGGCCUUCCCUCUCAUGUCUCAUGGAGGACAACGAGGGUUUCAGGCCAGACUGGCUCGACACGCAUCAUUACAGCAGGCUCAGGGCGUCUCUCAGGGAGCAGGAUGUGCUGAGAGAAUUCCCAGAUUGUCCCAGGAUCCUCACACACAUGAGCCUUGGUUCAGUCCCGGAUCCAGACGUGAACAGUGCCACUGGGAUUCGAGAUCAGACCGAGGCCACCGGAGAAGCUGCUCGCUAAAGACUGCCAGCAGACAGACAAGCGGCCAUCUUGGCUCAUUGUGUACUGGCGAUGUGAAAAGGAGACGAAAAGCCGCGCCUAUGGGAGCUCCUUUAUCUGCAGGUGUGGUAGGAGAGGGAAUCCCACCGAUCCCGGACUCGAACGUCGGGAAUCGGAUGCUGCAGAACAUGGGCUGGUGCCCCGGAAUGGGCCUUGGACCUGAAGGAAGGGGCAUCACUGAGCCGAUCCGGUGUACACAGAGGCCCAAGGGUGCAGGAUUAGGCUUUAACUGAGGUCUAGAACAGACCAAGAUCACCCACAGAGCCAGACUCGGAGCCGUCGGUUCUGAAGACCCUGUCCUCCAGCAGAGGGCAGCGCCGAGGCCAAGAUGCACAAACCGAAAAGAACGGCGGCCCACAGGGACGUGACCUUUUUGUUGCCUCAGAUUUUUUAUUUUUUUGCACAAAAACACUGUCAUCUGUAGUGAGAUAAAGGCCACUAUUUCUCUGUCCUCAUAUUCUCACAUCAUGCCAUCCGUGUCCGUCCAAUCCCUAACUCCCGAUUUGAAUACUUUGCCAAUUGUUUGGACUUUUUAAACACGUGCUACUAAUGGAUUUCAAUUGCAAACCUGCCAAGAUCAUAAAAUGGAAACGCGACAUUUUCCGAUCCGAUCCACCGUCGCUAGUACAAGUUGCAGAUGUCUUCCUUUUUUCAUUUUUUUCCAUUGUUAGCAUUUUUUUAUCAGAUGUUCAACCAGCCAGCGCUCUUCUAUCAGGUCACGGCAAGAAGCUGGAAAGGUUCGGGAGCCUCCGAGAACGCGUGAAGCCAGCCAACGCUUCACAUUUUUAACACCACACUCGAAUGAUGGCGCUGUUAGCCCUUUUCCACAUAUACAGGAUCGGAUCGCAUCUUGCUGAACAACGGGAAAACGUGUAAUGCCGUCCCUCCCACUCAUGGCCAUGGACUUUUGAUUUGAAAUGAUAGCAAGUUACAGAACGAAUAAAAAAACACGAUCACCUUUGUCUGACUCGUUUUGACCUGGGUUGCCAGAUUUUCCAUCCUCCAACCAAAAUAAUAGCAUUUAUAUGACGUAGUUUUACUUUUAACAUCCCUAAUUUCAUUUUAAGAUCAUCUCUAGUUUUUAAUUGUAAUAGUUGAGUUUUUAGACCUCCUACAGCGAUUUCAGUUCAAGUAUACAAAAUUUUUUUUGCGGCAAAACAUUUAAAUGACUUGGUUGCAAAAAUUUCGGUCAAUAAAAUCUCAAUUUAGCCGGUCAAUGUAUUACAGAAUGCCAUUUAUUAUUAUAAUUAUAAUAGUUUGAUUAGGUAUUGUGAUUUUUAUUGCUAUUCAUAACUACUAAAAAAAAAAUAGGUUAAAGUUGUACAUCUGUGCAUCCUAUAGUUGACACAAACGGACAAAAAAACAAACCAAAAAAAAAAAAAACAUGCAUCUAAGAUUUCUUUUUUCUUUCCUAACUCUCGUUCUUUAUCACCAGAAUGAGUGACUCCUCAUGCUAUGCUUUUUAGUCUUGAAGCGUCCCCGAGGGUCUCUGAGAUCAGAACUGCUGUAUUUCGAGUCUAUAACAACGCAAAAGGUGCUGAUUCGGGAUCAAAAUUUUCUCCUGCGUAUGCUGCGAACCUGAACGCCGAUCCGAUCGUGACUCGGCUCCCAGUGGACGACUUGAUAUUGUGAGAACAUUUGCAUGAUUAUGAUCUUGGAAGUCGCUGCGUUCUGUUUUCGAAUACGUUGCUUGUAAAAGUCGAGGGUUGUACAGAUUUCGGAAAGGUUUUCCUUUUUUUUAUUAUUAUUAUAUAAAGACCAGAAUGCUGUUCUUGAUGUUCAAGCUGAAGUGAAUAAAAACGAAGAAACCUCA